UCCAGCAGUCACGCGCUCAUUCCCGCCCCCUCUGUCCAUAUACCUCUGGAGCAGCAUCGAGCUCCAGUCUCCAUAGUUACACCAGAGCGGAGGAUCCCGGAGCUCCCCUGGUUACCCUGGCAACGGAGGCGCCUGCAUCGGCUCCCAUAUCAAGGAAGAGGUCCCGGUUUCCAUAGCAACAGGGGGAUGGAGUCUGAGCUGAAGAUAGAGCGGCGGCGGAUACAGGAGGCCGGCCAGGAGCAGUUGCUCCGCUUCUGGGAUGAGCUGACAGCCGUCCAGAGGGAUUCUCUGUUGGGGGAGCUACGGCUCCUGGAGCCCCGGGAGCUGAGGGAGCACUGCCACCGGGCACGGGAGGCCUAUGUCCGGGAGAAGAGCUGUCCGCAGCGCCUGGAUGACAGGAUGUGCCCGGUGCCGGCAGAGUUCCUGGGCAGCGUGAAGAGGAGCGACCAGGGGCAGCUGCGAGCCUGGGAGGAGGAAGGUUUACAUCAAAUAGCCCAGAAUAAGGUGGCGGUCUUGCUGCUUGCAGGGGGCCAAGGUACACGUCUUGGUGUGACGUACCCCAAAGGAAUGUAUAGCGUCAGCUUGCCCAGCGGUAAAACUUUGUACCAGAUCCAGGCCGAGAGGAUCAUCCGACUGCAGCAACUGGCUGGAGAGAAACAUGGUACUAAAUGCUCUGUGCCGUGGUACAUCAUGACAAGCGAGUUCACCUUGAACCCCACACAGACCUUUUUCGAGGAAAACAACUACUUUGGCGUGCAGCGGUCAGAUGUGGUCAUAUUUGAGCAGAGGAUGCUGCCCGCUGUUGACUUUGAUGGAAAAGCUAUUUUAGAACGCAAGGACAAGGUGGCAAUGGCUCCAGAUGGCAAUGGAGGACUGUAUAAAGCGCUAGCCGACAACCACAUUCUGGAGGACAUGGAGGCACGAGGCAUUAUGUACAUCCAUGUGUACUGUGUGGACAACAUUCUGGUGAAGAUGGCCGAUCCUGUCUUUGUGGGCUUCUGCGUGUCCAAAAGUGCUGAUUGCGGGGCUAAGGUGGUGGAGAAGGCUUACCCAGCAGAGCCUGUAGGGGUGGUGUGCCAAGUCGAUGGCGUCUAUCAGGUGGUGGAAUAUAGUGAGAUUAAUCCAAACACCGCCGAGAAACGGAACCCUAAUGGCAGCCUGACAUACAACGCUGGAAACAUCUGCAAUCAUUUCUUUACCCUGGAUUUCCUUAAAAGUGUGGCCGGGACACUGGAGUCACGCCUGGAAUACCACGUCGCCAUAAAAAAAGUACCAUAUGUGGACAAUGAGGGAAACUUGGUGAAACCAGUACAACCCAAUGGAAUUAAAAUGGAGAAGUUUGUGUUUGACGUCUUCCAGUUUGCCAAAAACUUUGUGGCAUUUGAAGUUAUCAGGGAGGAAGAGUUCUCUCCUCUGAAGAACGCAGACAAAGCUGACAAGGACACCCCGACUACAGCAAGGCGUUCGCUCCUGUGGCAGCAUUUCCGCUGGGCAGUGAAAGCUGGGGCCAAGUUUAUAGAUGCCAAGGGCCACCUACUAGAAGAAAGUUCCAGCAGAAACCCAGAACUAGAGGACCCGCCAGUGCUAUGUGAGAUUUCUCCAUUGAUCUCUUACUUUGGUGAGGACUUAGACUUGCACCUGAAUAAUAAGGACAUCUCAUCUCCCUACAUACUGGAUAGCCAGAGGUUGUAGAUGGAAUUGUAAGCUGGAUCCAUAAAAGAAGGAAAUCUACAGAAUGGAAUAUUCUUUG